ACCGAAUCAUACUCCCACUGCAUGGAUCAUCAAACAGCCAAAAAGAAUGAUCGGCCCUUUAAGAGGAGCCACAACGGAGUACGCACACUGCAGAUCGCAGCAAAACCUGAAGAGCCAUGGUUCCCUAAGAUCCUUGUUAUACAUUCUGAUGAUCAAGAAAAACCACUCUCCAAGAUAUCUCCCUUUCUUGUUGCAAAGACACUUGAACAGGCUAUCGCAAAGGCAUACAGUGCCAAGAAGCUUGGCUCGGGUGACAUCCAGGUCGAGAUCCAGAGCAGACAGCAGAGCUCGGCGCUAAUGUCCCUUGGAAAGAUUGGCGAGACUUUGGUCUCCGUCACCGCACAUCGUACUUUGAAUAUGGUGAAGGGGGUCAUCUCUGUGGAUGAGCUUCUGUCAUGUACAGAGUCUGAGAUUGAGGAGGGACUCAAAGAGCAAGGUGUCGUUAGUGCAAAAAGGAUAGUCCUACGAAGGGAUAACAAAGAGAUCCCCACAAAGCAUAUAAUUCUGACACUUCAACUUCAUGCUCUCCCACCAGAGAUAAAGGCCAGGUAUGUUAACUGUCGUAUCCGCCCGUACAUACCAAACCCUAAACGGUGUUUCAAGUGCCAACGUUUUGGCCACCAUUCCCAGGUUUGUCGUGGGCAGCUGGUCUGUCCUAAAUGUGCCAGUACCAACCACAGUCAAGAGUCGUGCGGCAACGCUAACCAUUGUGUGAACUGCCAGGGCGAUCACCCUGCAUAUUCUAGAACUUGUCCACGUUUCAAAGAUGAAAAAGAAGUUCUCAAAAUAAAAACUGAACAAAAUUUGACCUUCAAAGCGGCACGUGCGCAGCUAGAUUUUCAAAGAAAAGGCACUUUUUCUGAGGUGGUGCGUAGGGGAGUCGCACCACCCAGAAAGUAUUUCCCCACUUUUAUGUGUUUUACACCCUCUGAAUUUUUUAACCCUGUUUUAAACUAAUCAGUUUAAUUUUAAGUUAAGUGUCGUUUAAACUUCAACAGAGUCUUGGCGCAUUAUGAUCCUCGUUGUCGUUGCGCCAUGAAACCCCUAAUUAUCAUCAUCAUCAUCAGCACCACCCAGAAAGUCGGUGGAGACCCAAACUGUUGGGCCUCCACUGCAGACUCCCCAUCAUGUUCCCACGGACACUCAGGUGUCCCCUUCAGUUUCCCUGACCAGCCAAAGUGCUGAGCAGGAAGAAGCAGCUGGCACCUCGAAGGAGGUUGGCAGCACGCUUUCUCUUUGGGAUGGGUUUGCUGAAAGCCCUUCCCAGAGUGUUGCACAGGACAUGGAGCUCGAUGGCGACGACUGCAUGUCGCAGAAGUCGUCAUCCAGCCUUCCAGGCAUGACCUCUCAGGUGAGAGAGCAAAGAGAAAAAGCUGGUGGCAGAGGAAGGGGGAAUAAACCCAGGGACAAAAGCAAACCGGCCCCUCCAAGAGUAUUACCUCCCUGAAUGCUCUUCUCUAACAAGAUGCCUAAGCAAAUCCCUACACGCACUCAAAUGAAACAGUGGUCUUUUAUUCUCCUCCUCUUCCUCGUACUCCUUAUGGCUCCUACUAGCAUUAUACAGUGGAAUUGCCGGGGUCUUACCACAAACAUUGAUGACAUCCAUGAUCUCUCAGAAAAACAUAAUUCCAUCUGUUUCUGUUUGCAAGAGACAUACCUUUACCCUGAAAUUUCCAAUCCUUUAAGACAAUGGAACAUCUUCCGGAGACACAGGGUAGACGCAGGACACCCCCCGGAAUCCCUUAGGUAGGGAGUUGGGUGAUGCCCUCACCCGAGGCAGCCCCGAAGUCUCACAUGAGACAGAGGAGGAUUGGCAACUCCCUUGCCUGGGGUUGCCUCAAAGCCUCGCCCAUUCACACCCCACAUGGGUGACUUUCAUCAUUCACUUCAUUAUCAAAUUGCCAUAGUCACAGCUUUUAAUUGUUUAACUAUAUAGAAGCCUGCUAUAUUUAACCAUUGUCUUGGCGCAGUAUGGCCAGAGCUGCUCUUGCGCCAAAAAACCCCAAAUCAAAUCAAAUCAAAAACAGGGUAGACGCAGGACGAGCAGCAGGAGGUGUUGCAGUGCUGACUCGAAAGGAACUUCCUGCGCGAAUUGUCCCACUCACAACAACACUCGAGGCAGUUGCUGUACAAAUCUGUUUCGAUACUGUUAUAGCAGUAUGCUCUUUAUACCUUCCACCUUCAGUUGCCGUGGAACAAAAAGAAUUUGAGAAACUCCUAGAUCAACUACCCAAGCCGUUUAUUUUACUGGGAGACUUCAAUGCGCACAAUCCACUGUGGGGCAGCAGGAAGGCUGACGUUCGUGGCAGGAUGUUCGAGCGAGUUCUACUUGCACGACCGCUCUGUCUGUUGAACACAGGGUCACCAAUGUAUGUAAACAGCUCCACGCAAUCAUUUUCUUCAAUUGACAUCUCGAUGUGUAGUCCGUCUGUGUUUCAGAGCAUACACUGGGAAGUGGAUAAAAACCCUUACGGCAGUGACCACUUCCCGAUCGUACUGAACUAUUGCUCUACAGAAAGUAGUUUAACUUCCAUCCCACCACGGUGGAAGCUGUGUUCGGCAGACUGGAGCGUCUUCGCACAACAUUCUGAUCUGUCGUCUUUGGUUUUAGAGGGAAUGACUGCUCAAAAUGCAAGUAACGUCAUUACAGAUACAAUAAUAAGCGCAGCCUCUCUCUCUAUUCCGCAAACAUCUGGUCGUCUACCAAGGCGGCCGAAGCCUUGGUGGACGGAUGAGUGCAAAAAGACCCGCCAGGAGCAACAUCGCAUGUGGGGUAUUUUCCGAAGGUACCCAACUGUGGCAAACUUGCGUUUAAAAAGGCUCGAGCUAAGGCACGAUGGACAAGGAAACAAUCUAAAAAAGAAUCCUGGAGAAAUUUUCUCUCGUCACUGAAUAGUAACACACCUUCCAAAAAGGUAUGGGAAAGGCUGAGAAAAAUCAGGGGAGAUUAUCGAGACCUUUCUAUUCCUCUCUUGCAAAUUAAUAAUAGCCCUUGUGAGAGCUUGGAAGAACAAGCUAAUGUCCUGGGGGAACACUUUCAGAAUAUUUCUAGCUCCUCCCACUACAGCAGGGAGUUCCUUAAGGUCAAAAUGCGUGCUGAGAAACGCAGCAUUUUAAAUGGUGGUAGUGACAACAGUGCAUAUGACAUGCCCUUUAACAUGUCUGAACUCUUAAGGGCGUUACCUCCUUCAAAAGACACAGCACCGGGUCCAGACAGGAUAACUUAUUCUAUGCUACGCCAUCUGUCGGGUACAUCGAAGGAACGCCUCUUACAAUUCUUCAACCUGGUUUGGAGAGAAGGAUGUCUUCCAUCUCAGUAGAAGGUAGCUACAAUUAUCCCUGUCCUUAAACCGGAGAAGGACCCAUCAUCACCUGGUAGCUACAGGCCUAUCGCGCUCACCAGCUGUUUAGGCAAAACUUUUGAGCGAAUGGUGAACAACCGUUUGGUACACUUUCUUGAGGAAAACGAGUGCCUUAGUCGAUACCAGUGCGGUUUCCGAGCAGGCUGUUCAACAACUGACCAUCUCCUCCGCUUGGAAACUACCAUUCGUGAAGCCUUUGUAAAAGGACAGCACUGCGUGUCGGUAUUUUUUGACCUCGAAAAAGCUUAUGACACCACGUGGCGUCACGGCAUCCUCGUAGUCUUGCAUUCGUUGGGGGUACGAGGCCGUUUGUUACGAUGCAUUGCCAACUUCCUUCAAGGAAGGACCUUCAGAGUGCAGCUUGGUACAGCUUUAUCACACCUUUUUAUACAGGAGAAUGGUGUGCCACAGGGGGCGAUCCUUAGUGUUACCUUGUUUAUCGUCAAGAUGAACUCUGUUGCCAAUGCAAUCCCACCUUCCGUAGCCUACUCCUUAUAUGUCGACGACAUUCAAAUCUCGUAUUGCUCCAGAAGCAUGGCCAUGUGCGAGAGACAACUCCAGUUAACUAUAAACAAACUCUCCGAAUGGUCUACAAAGAAUGGUUUCACCUUCUCACCCAAUAAGACAGUUUGUGUGCCAUUCUCAAGGGUUAGAGGAAUUGUCCCAGAACCUGACCUCAAGAUGAAUGGUCACAAUCUGCUUGUUGCACACGAACAUAAAUUUCUUGGUGUUCACUUUGACAGUAAGCUCACCUUUUUACAACAUGUCAAACAACUAAAGGUCAAGUGCGUCAGAUCACUGAACAUACUUAAAGGGACUGUCUGGACCCAAAGCGUGAACUAAAAGGGCGUUGCCGCACGAUUCCUUAUGUCUUAAUAAGCCACUGUGCAAAACCUUUCUUUUGUAUUCGGGCCCGAUAAUUUUUUAUGGGAUUUUACAGUUGACGCUUUACCCUCGAUUAAAAGCCGCACCACGAUCAACCGUGACGUCACAGUUGUCCCCUUCCGGUGUCUGCUCUGCGUCUUGCGUGCUUUCGUUUACCUAUCGCGUUUCUGCUGCUUUUCGACGUUUACAGUUUAACAGGUGACAGUAGUUGUGAAACAUCCAUUGAAAAAUGGUUGGACACAGGUGCUGUUUUGUUCAUUGCAAGAACAAGAGGGAAAACACAACGGGUGUGACGUUUUUCGGUUUUCCGAAGUGCGAGCGCCUGAAACAGUUGUGGAUAGCGAAAGUUCGUCGUCCCGGAUGGAAGUUGUAUAAGUCAAGCAGACUCUGUUCCGACCACUUCACCGCGGACUGCUUUGAGGAGGCAGAGAGACUACAACAAGAGUUUGGCUUAGUUCUUCCCGGAAAGCGACUAAGGCAAAGACUCAAACCUGACGCCGUCCCGUCACUUUUCGUUGAGCACGAAGGUGACUUCGAUGUACCGUCGAGUUCAUCGCGCCGUGAUAGUGAUGAGGAGCCCGGCACGUCAGGCUUUCCUUUCGAAGAGACGAGUGUGCCACCAGUGCCAUUCCACCAUACUGUUUCACAAGAGUCUGGCGCACAAUGCACAGUAUCUACAGACACAGGGCCAAGACGAGCUAUGCAUGAUGCCACGACUCAGACAGAUAUGCAUGUCGAGGAGGGUCCUUCAGAUGCACGACCAAGAUCUACACGGGAUGUGAUGAUUCAGACCACCAUUGAGCCUCCACCUCGUAUGGUCAUAGUGCAUGUACCAGUGGCACAAGACACCGCCCAAGCUUCCUCAUCUUCUAUGCCCGUCCCUCAUAUGGACGAGCCAAUAGACGCAUGCGUAUCACCCGAGAAUGACAACAUAACAUUCGGUACUCCCAGUCACCAGCCACUCAGAUCAUCAACACCUUUUGGGAACCCUCUUUCACCUGACCGCAUGGUGCUCUCAUUCUCAUCAGAAGGGCAGGAAGACACAGUCGACGUAUUUGAUGAGCAGCACAGUUCACAGAUACAAAAUGAUGACCCGUCCUACCAGCUCAGCUCGGAGCUUGGAUAUGACAGUGAUGGAGAGCCAGUUGACAUGGCAGAUACACGUCAUCUUGUCGACGAGCUGGAGGCUGGUGGGUCUGUAGAGCAGCCUUCCUCACUGCCUGACAUGUACAUUGUGUCACGUUCCUGCUUGGUGGAACUGCUGCAAGUGUGUGCUCUGUGCUCAUCAAGGGAGACAAGUGUACAGCUCACUACUAUGGGCUCACUUGCCAGAGCCACAGUCACCUGUGUGAGCGGCCACAGGAGGCAAUGGAACAGCCAGCCCCUUGUGCACGAGAAACCAGCUGGAAAUAUUGCGAUGUGUUCUGCGAUCUUGUUCUCUGGCAGUAGCAUCACCAAGUCACUGCGCCUGUUCGACAUCAUGGGUAUUGCUCGAAUACACCGGAGCCAGUACUUUGAGUACCAGAAAUGCUACUUAUUUCCGGCAAUACAAAAUGUUUGGGAAAAAGAACAGGCAGCAGUGACAGAGAAACUAGAGGGCAGGCCUUUGCAUCUGGCUGGUGAUGCUCGUUGCGAUUCUCCUGGGCACACUGCACUUCAUGGAACAUACACUGUCAUGGAGACAACAGUCAACAGGAUUGUGCACUUUGAAGUUGUUAAGGCAACCACUGUAUCCUCCAGUUAUUGCAUGGAGCAGAAAGGACUGGAGCUGUGCCUUGACUACAUCGCGACUAAGGGGAUGGAGGUGAACACACUUGUGACGGAUAGGCAUUCACAGGUGAAGGCCUUCCUGAGGAACAAGCAUCCACAUAUAAGCCAUCGCUUUGACGUGUGGCAUGUCGCAAAAGGCAUCAAGAAAAAAAUAGCAGCUGUAUCACAGUCUAAGAAGCAUCAGGUGCUGCGACUGUGGUGUGAAAGUAUCAUCCGGCAUCUCUACUGGUGUGCCCGCACCAGCGACAAUGGGGAGCUUCUACUUGCAAAGUGGGAAACAGUCGUGAGGCAUGUCAUCAAUGUCCACAGCCAUCCAAACAGUCUCCACCCAGUCUGUUUCCAUGGUGAUUUGGGUGAAAGAGAAUGGCUUCAUGAAGGACUGCGCUGGCAGCAUUGCACUAUAAUGCUAAUGCAGAUCGCAUAGCACAGGUUAGGGAUGGUGUCGUGAAGCAUCGUCUGAAGCCCUCCAAAGUGCGGAAGACAUGGAUUGCUGUUCCUGUGAAAGAGGAUGCUUUGUACACGUACACAGAUGAUCUCAAAUCUGCCGUCUACGAGCGCAUUGCCCUUUAUCCGUCCUUCAGAAAGGCGAGAGCAGCUCUGGUGGAAUUAUCCCUGCCUACCAGAAGCAGCAGCUAUGGGGAGAGACCAGAGCUGAGUGAUGUAUUGGAUUCGCAGUACAGCAGGUUUUAGACUUCCAUUGCCAUGAGAACAAAUCAGUCAUAUCACCAUUACCACCUAGCCAAAAAGCAAACAUAUGUAUUAGAGUUGGUAAGGUAGUUUAGUAAAAUAGUCCAGUGUCUUGCAGCUUUGCGUAGGCACACAACUACAAUCAUGAGCACCACCACAGACAACGAAAACUGAUUAAGCUAACACGCCUUCUCAGCGACUUCCAGGGUGCGU